CCUGUAGCCAAUAGAAGAGCUGUGGGGCACAGUGGUUCAGUGACGUCAUGAAAAUGAAGGAAAUCGGCCGAGCUGUGGAGGGAAGAGUACCUCCCGGCAAUAGCCAGAGCACUCUAGAAGACAAAUGGAAGGAUGACUCGGAGCGUGGGAAUUGGGGCAGCAAGACAGAGUUCAUCCUCUCUUGCCUGGGCUACGCUAUUGGCAUAGGAAACGUGUGGCGUUUCCCCUACCUGUGCUACAGAAACGGCGGAGGGGCGUUUCUGGUGCCAUACCUGCUGAUACUGGCACUGUGUGGCAUUCCCCUGUUCUUCAUGGAGACUACACUGGGUCAGUUUGCCAGUACCAGCUGCGUUACGCUCUUCAGGAUAUGCCCCCUUUUCAAAGGCACUGGAUUCGCCAUCUUGAUUGUGAACGUCAUCUGCACCGUGUACUACAAUGUGAUCAUCUCCUACCCGAUAUACUUCCUGGUUAUGUCCCUGAGAUCCAGACUUCCUUGGGAAGACUGUGACCACGAGUGGAACACUGAUAAAUGCUUGAAGAUUGGCACCAAACUGGAUGAAAUGGGCAACAGUACGCAAAAUCACUCGACUCUCUGGAAGACUCCGGCCGAUGAAUUCUUCCACCACAAGAUCCUGCAGAUUUCUGACGGCAUAGAGAGUCCUGGCACGAUCGUCUGGGAGCUGCUGCUCUGCAACGUUGCCUCCUGGAUCAUUGUGUUCCUCUGCAUUAUGAAUGGAGUCAAAUCUGUGGGCAAGGUGGUGUACUUCACUGCCACGUUUCCCUUCGUCAUCUUGUUAGUGCUCUUCGUGAGAGGCAUCACUCUGCCCGGGGCAUGGGAGGGCAUCCGUUUCUACAUCAGCCCGCAGUGGGACCAGCUCCUCAAUAUCAAGGUGUGGGCGGACGCAGCCGUUCAGAUCUUCUAUUCGCUGGGCCCGGGGUGGGGUGGCAUCGUCAACAUGGCCAGCUAUAACCGGUUCCACAACAACAACAAGUGGGACUCUAUCUUUGUGCCUACGGUGAACUGUGGCACCAGCAUUUUUGCUGGCUUUGUGGUAUUUUCCGUGCUCGGCUUCAUGUCCCACAAGACAGGUGUCCCUGUGUCCACUGUGGCUACUGGAGGUCCUGGCUUGGCUUUCGUGACCUAUCCAGAGGCGAUAACAAUGUUACCUCUCCCACAAUUGUGGGCGGUUCUUUUUUUCUUCAUGUUGUAUCUACUGGGAAUGGAUAGCUUGUUUGUUCAAAUUGAAGCACUCAUCUCCAGUGUGACAGAUGCAUAUCCAAAGCUAAGGAAACACAAACAAUGCGUGACAGGCCUCUCAUGUUUUAUAAUGUUCCUUGGCUCACUUUUCUGUGUUACUAAUGGCGGCAUGUAUGUUGUACAGCUUCUUGACUGGUAUGCAGCGUCCACAUCAGUUAUACUCAUAUGUAUAGUUGAAAUACUUAUCGUUGGAUGGAUCUAUGAUUGUACUGCCUUCAUUCGUGACUUGGAGUUCAUGAUUGAAGAAAAGCUUCAUGUAUGGUGGAAGGUGUCCUGGAAAUACACAACACCAAGCAUUUUAAUGUUCAUCUUUGUGACUACAGUUGCAUUCAAUUCACCUGUCACUUACAAUGGAUUAAAAUAUCCAGAUUGGGCUCUUCUAGUGGGCUGGUUUGCUGCAGUGGCCUCCAUGAUCUGCAUUCCCAUUGGUGUUGUUCACACGCUUGCAAAAUCACGUGGAACUUUAAUUCAAGUAAAAAUAAAGUUGUCUUUUUUAAUUAAGGUCAGUGACUGAAUGAUGGCUCAGCUCUUACUUCAAACCCUAAACUUGUGAUUCCAUUCUAUAUCCAAUGAUGAACUCAUCAGCUGAAUCUGUUCAAAUGUCCUGCAGUGACAACAAGAUUAACCAUACAUAUAUUGUGAAAUGUAUUUUAAUGUGUUAAGAACUCAAACUGGGCUGAAGUUAUAUGAAAUACCAGUUCAUUUUGGCAAUUUUUUGACAAAAUUUAGUACUUACCAUCAGCUAGAAAACAAGUAGGUAUUUACAAAGUGUGGGAUAUACUGGUAAAAUGUCUUAUUACAAGGAUGAUUACUUAUCCCUAAGUAUAAGAGCAGUAUUUUGGCACAUAUUAUAUAAGCUGAUUGCUCGUAAUGCAAGCAUACUAUCUCUUUAGGGUCAUGCAGAUAUUUGCGCCAGAGAUGCAGAAUACAGAAAAUGUAACCUGGAAAAUAUAUAGAUUUUCUAUAUAUGACUUAAUUUGCUGUCACUACUAGACUUAACAUAUUUAUGUAAAUACAGUAUGUAAGCAUUGUGACUGUCUUGUACAAUAUUUUUGUAAUAUUGUCAUGCAACAUUAUGUCUGG